AUGGCGGCCCGGCCCGGGUGCAAUUCCGUUAUAGAUACAUUGUUCUUUGGGCUUGUUUUGAAGAGGCAAACAAGUCUAGGGCCUGACCCGGGCUGGGCUGGCCCGCCCCUAAAAGGGCGGGCCAAAAGCGGGUUGACGACGGCUCGGCGGGCCAGGACUGCGGAAGGCAAAGGCAGAGGAGGUGGCGGGAAGAAGGGGGAGAGGAGCAGCAAUGGAGGUGGCGUGGGAGCAAGGAGCGAUGGUGCCAGGGAGACCUGCAGAGGGGCCAAGCUGCACAUCCUCCUGAGUGCAGCAUCACCGGUCUCCGCCUGGUCGCCCUGCUCUCAUCUGUAUCCACCAUCCCCCAGCACGGGCUCGAUCACCUGCAUAGCUCCCCCAUGCACCCUCAUGAACGGCCAGAUUGGCCAGCCAGCUAACUCCCCACACCCUCCUACUUCUCAUUUAACCCCCGUCUACUUCCACCAAGCGGAAAACCAGAACCCCUCCGCCUUCUCCCAGCUCCCGCCUCUACUCCACUUCCCACUCCCCCCCUCUGAUCCUAUCUGUCUCGACCUCCCUAACCCCUCUCGGGACUCGUCCCUCUCAAUCCCCUCACCCCCUCCUCUCACCCCCUCUUUUCCCCCUUUCUCCCCCCCCCUCCCCCCCCCCCCUUCCUCGUCCCCCCUCCUCUCCCCCAUCCAUUCCCCACCUCCUCGUCCCCCUUCCUCUCCCCCCUCCUUUCCCCCUCACCUCCCUCUCCCCUGUCCCUCUCCCCUGUCCCUCUCCCCUGUCCCUCUCCCCCGUCCCUCUCCCCUGUCCCUCUCCCCUGUCCCUCUCCCCCGUCCCUCUCCCCUGUCCCUCUCCCCCGUCCCUCUCCCCUGUCCCUCUCCCCCGUCCCUCUCCCCUGUCCCUCUCCCCUGUCCCUCUCCCCCGUCCCUCUCCCCUGUCCCUCUCCCCCGUCCCUCGCCCCUGUCCCUCUCCCCUGUCCCUCUCCCCUGUCCCUCUCCCCCGUCCCUCUCCCCUGUCCCUCUCCCCCGUCCCUCUCCCCUGUCCCUCUCCCCCGUCGUCCCAUGCUCACCCCUCCCCCCCCCCCCCAACCUCACAGAAACAACACAUGCACUCCACACCACUCCACAUCACCGUCAAAUGAUGAUGCCGCUCGCCAUUCAAUUCGCUGCUCGUGCCAGCUCCGACGCCUGUGAUGCUCGCCUCGCCGCCGCCACUCGCCUCUCACAAUCCACGCGGCGCUACGACUUCCUCGGCUUUAGUCACUGCCGCCAAUAG